AUAUGUCAAAAUUGACAUUAUUGGCAUUUUGUUGAUAUUUUGUAAUUAUUAAAAAAUGUCCAAAGUAGAAUUUAAACAAGAUAUGCCCCCGCCUGGGGGCUACAAACCUAUACAUUUCAAAAGAGUACCAGCCAAAACAUUUUUCGGAGGAUGGGCAAUUAUUGGAGGCUAUUUGGGUAUGACUGCCGGAGCAGCCUAUUUAUACUAUUUAAACGUUAAAGCAGUAAAAGCGAGAGAACUUGAAAUGCGAUGCGUCAGUUUGGCCAUUUACCCUAUGCUUUUAGCGGAAAGAGACAGAGAAUUUCUCAAACAAUUACGAAGAAAUAGAGACGAAGAAAGAGAAUUGAUGAAGAACGUAGAAGGGUGGAAAGUGGGUACUUGGUACGGCGAACCUAUUUAUAAGACCAAACCAACAGAUCAUCUAGUUGAUCCCAUGUUUUUCGAUUAUUAUGUACAUAGUUCUUAUAAAGAUUGUAGUACUCGCGCAGACAUUGGAUUAUUGUCGUAAAUAUAUAUGUGAAAGUGUAGCAAAUUAUAUAUUAAAUUUUCAAUUAAUU